AUGGCGCCCGUCAUCAAGCACAAUAUGGUGGACAGUAUCGCGAACUUGGUGUUGAAGGCGAAAGCUCAAUUCUCCCAUCUGCUGCAAGUCGCCCAGGGCUCAUCAUCUCAUCCAUCACCUCUGCAAACUCUCCGAAAGCUUGAGGAUGAGCAGGUUAGAUUCAAAAUUUGGGCUGGAAACGUUGGCGCGCACAAAACCGACCGCUCCUCCCUUGAGUAUCGACUCCGCGAUGCGUCGAAUUUAAGACUUCAUGUUCGGAAGCUCCUGACGGAACUUAUCGAAAACAUUGAUGAUGCUAUCAAGGCUUUCAAGGACCUGGAAUCGCCACCAAGCACGCUCGAUGGUAGCAGCCAGAGCCAUGAGGACAUAGUCACAGAGGUUGACGCAAUCAUGGAAGACUUUCCGGAUAUCAUCAAUUGUCUCAUGCGACUCGUUAUCAUGAUUCAGAAUCCAGUGCGAUCGGAUCGCUUCAGUGGAGCGAAGCUUACAGACACCACGGCGUAUGAGUAUCACGAUAUCCAACACGUGAGCGCAAAAUUCGAGGGAAUUGAUGAUCAGCUUGCGCAGCUCCUAGGAAAGGCAAUCUCGAGUCGGCGUCAGUACUUCAAGUAUAGGGAGGCUCACCACAAGAAGCUUUCGCAUCUCAUGGAUGACCAGGCAGAUACUAACAGGACGGAGAUCCUACAGAGUACAGUGGCAUCUUCUAUCCCCGAUUACUUGAAGCAACUUUCGCAGAUUAAUAAGCAACAUGUAUACGACGACCUACGUCCGUACAACUGCCUGGCCGAAGACUGCAUUACGCCAGGUAGAGAGUUCGGCAAGAGACAUCAGUGGAUGGAACACAUGCUGCAGCGUCACUUAAGGUCUGCAGAACACUUGGAGACGCAACAUCGGAAGAUGGUACGCGGCGACCAGAUCGACAACCUAGUUAUGCUGAGUUCUCAACCCUUGGAUGAGGGCGCGAAAGUUCCUUGCCCACUUUGUUUCGAGACCAUGCCAUCGCUGCAGAACUACCAACGUCAUGUUGGUAAGCAUCAACGGCAGCUAGCCUUGUUUGCCCUUCCCAUCAACAAUUAUGCGGAUGAAGAUACCUCAAAGAUUGGCAAGGCUACGGAGGAAAACUCAGGUUUGGACUCAAACACUGAUUGCUCAGAGACUGAGGACGAGCUAGAGCCUGAACUCUCGGCCGCGGAAAAUUGGGAGCAACAGGUCGAAACGCCGCCAGAAGAACAACGUGGGCACCAGCCAACCCCAUCAACCUCGAGUAGUCGAGCUUCAUCGCCUGUCAGAAUGAACGAAUACUUCGUGCCACAAGACGGCAUAGAUCGGGAGGUCAUCACUACUGAUGUCCGCCACCAUCUCGGAGACGACGCCUCAGUGAGCCCUGGACAUUAUGAAAACCCUCAAACUGGGCAGGACACCCAGGGCUACCACAUCACAUCCUCCAUCAACUUAACAAACGUCAUGUUUGACUUUUCGAAGGUUGACCCUGCACGAUGGGAAGCGGAGAGGCAGCAACGAGCAGCACAAAGUCCUGCAGGUAUGAGCACUGGUAGGAAACCUGAAUAUCUGGAACGAGCUCACGCGUUUGCAGCCGAAAACUCGUCGCCUGAUGGACCCCUUUCUUAUCCCAAGCAAUACUCCGGCCAUCCAGCGCCUGAGUAUCAGACCGAGGUAGAACAAGAAGCGUACAGCAACGCGAAAGAUUAUUCCACGUCCGCGUUGAUGCAAAGAUUACAAAUACAUAUAGAGGACACAGAUAAUCUUCAAGAUCGGCUCAAUACCGGAGGUCGAGGGAUCGAACAACAGCAAACUGAGGAUAUAUUGCUUCUUCAAGGCGAUGCCGUCUUAGUGGACCACCUCGGAAACGGCACACAGCCAGAUAUCGCCCAGGCCGCCGCUCUAGAACCCUUAAGCUCCAACAACGAGCCCGGCGAGUCGAGUCCGGCAGCCUGGCUUCAUGAUAAGAGCGGCGCAGACGACAAUUCUAUGCGAGACUUCACCCCUAGAUACCCUCGACCUUUUGCAGGAAAUGGCGGGGUUUCCCGAGAAGAAGCGUACGAAGAGGCGGAACAUGACGACCGGCAUCGCAGAACAACUCUUGAUUUCUUGGACCUUGCCCAACGGAAGUAG